UUCUCAAUGCUUUAUUGAACUUAAAGCAAGGUUGUCAUUUGCAUCAAAGCUCAAGUAUAACUUGUGUUCCAAUACACAAACCACUAAAUAAAGAAACUCAACUCAUAGUUUGAAGUAAACUCACAGACAACAAACAAAACAAAACAAGACAAAGGACAAACAAAAACAAAAACAAAAACAAUCAUUCAACUGACUGGUGGUUUACAAACUAGUAGCCUAUCCGUUUUGUAAAUAAAGUAGGAAAACACAUCUUUCAAGUUUAUAUGAAGAUCAGGGUAUUUUAAGAUCCUUGGUUACUGACCGCUCUGCAAGUGUGUUCAGUGACAUCAUCCUCACUGCUUCAAAGUCUGAAAAUGCUUCCAGCUUAUUUGUGUCUAUUUAGGUCUUAACGUUUCUAUCUAUCAAUCUAUUGAUCGAAGCAGCGGGUGUAUUCAAUUUCAGUGGAAGACUUUCCUUCUUUUGGCAUUAGACGUGCCGUCUGACAUGCCGAAGGUGCCGUCACAUUAGGCUACUUUCGCUUAUUGGCAACAUGAGCAACAGGGGAGAAAACAGUUCGUUGCCGUAGUCCGAUCAUGGGGACCACAAUACGCACAGUUUGGCAUCUUUCCAACCUGUAUAUGUGUGUGUUUGAGAGAGAGAGAAUGUGUGUGUGUUUAGUUUUCUUCUGCAGAUGGACUUAUUUGGCCGGUUCCUCCCCGUGACGUCGGAGCGGGCCGGACCCGCGAGGCUGCUGGUAUGGGUCGGUGGGAAGCGCGAGCCUCCUCGAGUCCGCUGCUCGCGCUUCAGUGAGGAGUUUGGAGUCUUCUCAUUCCUGUGCCACUUGAUGAGCGUUGGCUGACCGCGAGCUCCGGUAGCAUGGGCACAGGGGAUUACUUCUGCCUGACGGUACGCGGGGGCGCGCCCUGGGGAUUCAGCCUCCGCCAGAGCGACGGGGAUGCGCACCGCCCCAUACAAAUCGACCAGGUGGUGGAGGGCAGCCCAGCGUGCCUAGCGGGAGUGUGUGUGGACGAUGAGCUGGUGUCUCUGAACGGAGAGCCCUGUGCUGAGCUCACACUCCUGGAGGCCAUCGCUCUAGUGGAGGAGGCUACCGACUGCCUGAAGCUACUCAUCAAGAGGUCAUCUGUGUGUUCUCCCUCUGGCUCUGAGCUUCAGUCCACCACCCUCUGCAUCCCGGCACCCCAUCGCCCCCACACACACCCCCACACACACCCCCACACACACCCGCACCGGGAGCUGUACAUCUGCGAAUCCCAGGACGAGGCGUACUAUGGCGAGACGGACAGCGAUGCAGACGUCCAGAGCUCCGUCCUCACCCCUGGGGGCCUCGCGCCGGUGAUGCGCUCCCAGCUGCGUGUGGGGGGGGGGGCGGACGCCGCUGCCAUGAGCCCCGUGGAGCUGCCUGAGGGGGGGGUGCUGGAGCUGCAGGUGUCCCUGUCCUGCCACGGCCACCAGGGGGCGCUGGAGCUGGGCUGCUCUGCGCUGGGCAGUGCGCGCGGCGUGGAGGGCUUCAUGCGAGGGGGGGGGCCCCCUGAGCCUGCGGAUGACCCCGAGCCCCCCCCAGUGGUCAGCGAGGCCGAGCUGUACGUGCCCUUGAGGGACAGACAGCCGCUCAGCCAGAGGGGGGUGCUAGUGAGCGCGGGGCAGCUGGGGCAGGAGGGAGGGGCCUCGGAGGGGGGCGGGGCGGAGGGAGGAGCCAUGGGAGAUGGCCACGCCCCCUCCUCCUCCUCCGUCUCCUUUGGAAUCCUGUCAGAAGAGUCAGAGUCGGAUCAGGAGCCCAGCAAGCACCGGCCUCGCCACGCACGGCUCAGGCGUAGUGAGAGCCAGUCAGAGAAGCAGGUGAAGGAGGCCAAGUCCCGGUGCAAGCGCAUCGCUCUGCUGCUGACCGCUGCUGCCCCCCACCCCAGCAACCGGGGGCUGUUGAUGUUCAAGAGGCACCGGCAGCGGGCCCGCAAGUACACGCUCGUGAGCUACGGCACCGGCGACCAGGAGCCUGACCUCUACUACCACUUCGACCAGAGCGAGGACGAGGACGACGCAGCGGACGAGGACGACGAGGACGCAGACGAGCACACACACCACACGGUCCGCUUCACAGUCUUGGCCAGCAGCGGCGGAGGGGAGUGUGUGCUCGAGGAGCACGCGUUUGCACAUGCUCAGAGCAGCAUCGGCGUGGAAGCAGCAGCAGCGCCAGCAGCGGCGGUCGUAAAGCUCAGAGGCCGAGACGCGGGGCUACUGGAGAUCGAGCGGAAGCUUCAGGAGGACGCCGAGAUGGACCAGCUGUCGGAGACGAGGGGCAAGGGGGCACUGAUGUUCGCCCAGCGGCGCCAGCGCAUGGACGAGAUCGUGGCGGAACACGAGGACAUGCGGCAGAAGGGCCUGCCCGUCGAGAGCAAACAGGAAGCAGAGAAGCACCUGGCCUACCAGCAGCAGGUGGAGGAACACGCUUACCUGCAGCAUCAGGACAGCCAGAACUACAUGGACGUCAACCUCCACCACCAGCAGCAGCAGCAGCAGCAGCAGCAACAGUACCAGCAGUACCAACAGGAGCAGCAGGAGCAGCAGUACUACCAGCAGCAGCAAUACUACCAGCAGCAACAGUACCAGCAGCAACAGCAACAGUAUGAGAUGCAGCAGCAGCAUGAGAUCCAGCAGCAGCAGUAUGAGAUCCAGCAGCAGCAGUACCAGCAGCAGCAGCAUCAGUACCACGAGCAGCAUCACCAGAUGCAGCAGCAGCAUCAGUACCACGAGCAGCAGCAGCAUCACACGCAGCACAUGAACGGCAGUGUCCAGGGCAGUGACAGCCAGUCAUCCGUGGCCAAUCGCAGUGCCCGGCCAUUCGUGGCAAGCCAGGAGCAUGCUGGGUAUUCAACGGUGGGACAGGGCGAGCAGAUCGCCUCGCGCGACGAGCGCAUCUCCGUGCCCGCCAUCAAGACGGGCAUCCUGCAGGACACACGUCGCCGGAACACACAGGGCAAACCCAUGUUCACCUUCAAAGAGAAGCCCAAGGUGUCACCCAACCCAGAGCUACUCAAUCUGCUGAACCGCGGUGAUCGUCGGCCGGGCUUGGACUCGGGGCCUGAGGAGGACUACCUCAGCCUGGGUGCCGAGGCCUGCAACUUCCUGCAGGCGCCUCGUGUCAAGCAGAAGGUCCCGCCUCCCGUCGCCCCCAAGCCCCACAUCAACCCCAACUCCCCCCCUUGGUCCCCGCAGCCAGACCCAAACCUGCCCCAGCAGGAGAUGCCCCAGCAGGAGAUGCCCCAGCACGCCGAGCCCGCAGACGCUCACCACCCCGCUGCUGAUGGCCUGAUGCCCCCCCCCCCAGCCCCCCUCCCCAGAGGAGCAGCAGGCGACCGCAGCAGACUGGGCUCAGCCGGAACCUCAAGUCCAGCCGGGCCCGCAGCCAGAACCCUGGGGGGAGAGCCAGCAGGAUCCCGCGCCCACCACCAGCGCCUCCCAGGCUGUGGCACAGCCCCCCCUAGAGCCCCCCACAGACGCCUGGGCCCCCACCCAGGCACCGCAGCAGACACCCGUCAGUGGGUGGGGUCCUAUGCCUGCUCAGACACAGGGCCAGCCAGCCUGGGUGUCCCAGCCCCAGGCCCCCCCAGCACAGCCCCAGGCCCAGCCCCCAUGGGUCACCCCCGCGCCCCCUCAGCCUGCUCCUGCCACCACCUGGGCACAGAACCCCACCCCAUCACCCCCCGCCCAGCCCACCUGGACCCAGCCCAUGCCCCCGCAUCAGGCCACACCCCAGUGGGCAGCUCCCCAGAGCCAGCCGCAGCCGCCCUGGGCCCAACCCCCCCCCCCAGCAGCAGGGUAAUGCCCCUCAGCAGCCACCCUGGGUCGCCCCCGCUCAGGUGCCCCCCCAGGCUGCAGCAGCAGGCGGCUGGCCCCCGUCCCAGACCCCCCCCCAGGCGCAGCCUCCCUGGACACAGCCGCAGACCCCCCCCCAGCCAGCAGGGGGCGCCCCAUGGGCCCAGCAGCAGCCGCAGAGCCCCAUGCAGGGUCCGCAGCCCCCCUGGGCCCCGCCGGCCGCCCCCCAGCAGAUGCAGCAGAGCCCUCAGCCCCACAUGGGCACCUGGCAGGCGACCCCCCCCCGCCCAGAACCAGCCGCAGCCACCAUGGGCCCAGCCAGCCCAGAACCAACAGCAGCAGCAUCCAGUUGCCCCCUGGGGGCAGGAUCAGAGUCAGGUACAGUCCUCCUGGGUGCCCCCACCCCCCAGCACCCAGUGGAGCCCCCCCACCCCCACACCCACUCACAGCUGGGCGCCGCAAAACCACCAGCACCCCCAGCCACAGGGCCCCCCGACACCCCCCACCGAGAACCCCCAGCACCCCCAGCAGCAGCAGCCGAGCCCCCCUCCUGCUCACGCUGGCAUGGGCUCUGCCUUCGAGAUGCCCGCUCUGCGUGGCAAAGGUGCCGAGCUCUUCGCCAAGCGCCAGUCGCGCAUGGAGAAGUACGUGGUGGACUCGGCGACCGUCGAGGCCCACAAGCCCGCCCGCCCUCCCUCCCCUAGCCCCUCCUCCUCCGCCCCCCCCGCGGAAGUGCCGUGGAAGUACUCUCCCAACGUGCGCGCCCCCCCCCCAAAAGCCUACAACCCGCUGCAGUCGCCCAUGUACCCGCCGGGCGCCAUCAAGCAGCCCCCCCCCUCCUCCGGCCCCGUCCCCAAGGGUGCCAAGGGUGCCAAGGACAAGGAGAAGCAGAAGAAGCCGGCGCCCAAACCGCUGCACGUGCUGGACGUGAUGAAGCACCAGCCCUACCAGCUGGACGCCUCGCUCUUCACCUACGGCCCUGCGGCCGAGGCUUUCGCCGCCAAGCAGAAGGCCGCCGAGGAGGCCGCCGCCAAGCAGGCGCAGGCCCAGGCAGCGGCGGCACAAGCCCAGGCUCAGCAGCAGUACGAGCACAUGCCCGCCGGGUACGGCUUCAUGCCCCAGCAGCCGUACGGGGUUGCCAGCCCCUCCCCUGCCAUGCAUGAUGGGCACUACCCCCCAGCCAAUCACAGCGCUUACCAGCAGCCUCACAUGAUGCAGCAGCCCGCCUACCAGCAGCAGCAGCCAGCCUAUCAGCAGCAGCAGCCGUACGGCCAGGCGUACGCCCCCAUGCCCCCCACGCCAGCCUAUCAGCAGCCUCUGCCCAACGCGCUCUACGCCCCCGAGGCUUACCUGCACCCCCACGGCACCCCCUACGCCACGACACCAGCACAGCAGCCUCCCGCCCCUGCACACGCGCCCGCUCCGUCACCCGCGCGCCAACCCGCGCCACCCAGCUCCUACGCAGUGCCCAGCUCCUACACGGUGCCCAGCUUCCCAGUGAGUGCCAGGCCGGACUCGGGGGCAGCGGGCAGCAGCAGCACGGCGGCAGCGCCAAAGCCCAAGUUCGCUGCCAAAAAGAGCGCAGCUCAGGUGGUGAGCAGGAGUGCAUCUCUGUCUCCACCAGCUCGGCUGCCCCUAUUGGCCAGAAGCUUCCGCUCAGCGUCCAGCUCUCCGGCGCUCGCUGCUGCGCCCCCUGGUGGCCGCAGACCCUCGGAGCGUGUGCACAAGCCUCUGUCCCCGUGGGAGGCGGCCUCGCGACACCCGCUGGGUCUGGUGGACGAGGCCUUCGCCUUCCAGAGCCUUCAGCAGUCGCUGGCGUCCAGCCUGAGGUCCGCCGCCGACCGCAAGCAGCUGCCGACCCCGCCACCCGAGUGGACGGCCCGCGUGUCCUACGAUGCGUCUACGACGCGCUCGCUCAGUCCCGCCUCCUCCACGCUGAGCCGCACCUACAGUCACGCCCUCUCGCGUAGCCACACCCCUCCGCGCUCACCACAGCCCUUCCUGUCUCCCACCAAGAGCUCCGCCUCUGAGCCCGCCUCCGGAGCCCUUUACUCCGCCUCCUACAGGCAGACUCCACCCCUUCGGUCACUCACGGAGGUCAGUCUCGGCCCACCUUGGGCCAGACCCUCUCCAGCCCAAACACACGCACACACACAGAGCCGAUACCGGUCCAGUUACACCUGGAGACGCUAAACCCGGCCAGGGGAACCCUACAGAAAGGCCUUCAGCCUGCAGCACAACUGCCAACAUGGGAGAGAAACUUCUAGAACACCUGUAGCCCAGAGAGAGAGAGAAACUUCUAGAACACAGCCCAGAGAGAAAGAGAAACUUCUAGAACACAGCCCAGAGAGAAAGAGAAACUUUUAGAACACACCCCAGAGAGAAAAAGAGAAUUCUAGAACACAGCCCAGAGAGAAAAAGAGAAUUCUAGAACGUACCCCAGAGAGAAAGGGAGACUUCUAGAACGUACCCCAGAGAGAAAGAGAGAAACUUCUAGAACAAAGAGAGAUUUCUAGAACACUCCUCAGACCGGAGCUCAGUACUUGGCGGGGCAGACUGCUCUGGUGGAGGUUUUGGCAACUGAGGAGGGGAAGUUUCCGGAGAAUGUUCGCUGGAAGAAGGAUUGUGUUAAAGAGAGGAACAUGGACAAAUGGAAAAGUGACCUGAGUGGUUUGGCAGAGUGUGGAACUUUGUUCUGGUCAUUUCCAGUACUCUGGUUUGUUUACAGAAAUUAUGUAGACAGAGGUAUGUGUGUGUGUGUGUGUGUGUAUUUGUGCGUGUGGGUGGGUGUUUGUGUGUGUGUGUGUGUGUGUGAAAGCCAUAGUAAGUGAAAUGAUGUUGAUAGCAAACAGGAUGUUGGGCCGAUGGACUGCUGAUGACCCCCAGGUGUGGUGAAGGCCAAUAAUGGAGCGGAUUUAUGAGACUGGACACACACACACACACACACACACACACAUAGGAAGCACUUGAGACGGGCCUCUUAGUUGAAGUGAGUGUGCAUUGAUUCAGAGUUUAUAACUGUGUAAAUCACAGUAGCAGGAGGCCAACCCAUAUAUCAUACACACACACACACACACAAACACACACACCCACAAACACACACAUACACACGCAUACACACACACACACACACACACACACACACAACACACCACACAUGCACAUGCACACACACACCAACACAUGCACACACACACACAAACAGUCACACACAAACACACACACAAACAUAAACACACACACAGUCACACACACACAUACACAGUCACACACAAACCUGAAGCCUUUGUUUAUUUGAGUACCAAAUGGACCAAUCAGACGCCUUUGUUUAUGUGAGCUGCAAAUGGACCAAUCAGACGUGUUCAUUUAUGUGAACUCCACACUUAUCCUGAACUUUACACUUCCUAUAGGUGUGUGUGUGUGUGUGUGUGUGUGUGUGUUUAUCACAGUCUGGGUAGGGUGUGUGUUUGUGUGUGUCGAUCAAAGUCUGGGUAGGGUGUGUGUGUGUGUAUUGAUCACAGUCU